CGCAGGCCCACUGAUCUCGCGAGAGUGCGCGUGGGCGGAAGCGCAGUGGCUGCCGAAGGAUGCGGUUCCUGCUCGGGUUCGCGCUCCUGUGGAGUAUCGCUGUCGCGACUGGAGCUGGCAGCGCCAUCAGUAAGGAGGCAGGGGGUGGAGGAGGAGGGUCCAGUGUCACCAAGGACCCCAAGAAUCGCGGGAAUGAGGACAGCCAACAGAAGGAUGCAGCAAGUGCUGCAGAUACUGAUCCCAUCGUGAGGAUGCCUUCCAAUCCUGACCCUGCUGCUGGAGCCAGGCCUGAGAGUGGCAGAGAAGAGGCUGAGGUGGUCAGCGCAGAAGGGGGUGGGGCGAACACCCCAGAAGAAGCCAGCCGGGGGAGGGAACCAGGUCAAGGCAAGCCGGUCACGCAAGGACAGGCCGCCAGCCCGGGGACAGAAUCAGGCCAGGGCAAGCCGGCCACACAAGGAGAAGCCAACCAGGGGACAGAAUCAGGCCACAGCAAGCCAGCCACACAAGGAGAAGCCAACCAGGGGACAGAAUCAGGCCACGGCAAGCCAGCCACGCAAGGAGAAGCCAACCAGGGGACAGAAUCAGGCCACGGCAAGCCAGCCACGCAAGGAGAAGCCAACCAGGGGACAGAAUCAGGCAAGGGCAAGCCAGCCACGCAAGGAGAAGCCAACCAGGGGACAGAAUCAGGCAAGGGCAAGCCAGCCACGCAAGGAGAAGCCAACCAGGAGACAGAAUCAGGCCACGGCAAGCCAGCCACGCAAGGAGAAGCCAACCAGGGGACAGAAUCAGGCCACGGCAAGCCAGCCACGCAAGGAGAAGCCAACCAGGGGACAGAAUCAGGCAAGGGCAAGCCAGCCACGCAAGGAGAAGCCAGCCAGGGGACAGAAUCAGGCAAGGGCAAGCCAGCCACGCAAGGAGAAGCCAACCAGGGGACAGAACCAGGCAAGGGCAAGCCGGCCACCCAAGGAGAAGCCAAUGUGGGGACUGACACAGGAGAGGAUAAACAUGAGACAGACAUAGAAGACGACAAGCAUGAACUGAACCCUGAUUCUGAUAAAGAGUUUCUUGAGUUUAGUCCUAGUGAUACUUUUAAAGAGGCAUCGAAAGUAGACACCAAUGUGAAUCCUCCCGCAGACAGUAUUGACCAUGGCAACCUUUAUUUGAAGGAGAAUGGCCCAGGCAAGGAAAAUUCAGAGAGCAGCCACUUUUUUGCAUACUUGGUCACAGCAGCCAUCCUGGUAGCUGUCCUGUACAUUGCCUAUCAUAACAAGCGAAAGAUCAUUGCUUUUGCCCUUGAAGGAAAGAGAGCCAAAGUCACCAGGAGGCCAAAGGCAAGUGAUUACCAGCGCUUGGACCAAAAGAUCUGAUUUCACCCUGAGAAAUAUGCCCACCCUCCUGCUUUGUGUCUGAAGUACAAGAGCCCUGAAGAAUGGUGCCUGACCUGGGCAGUGCCUGUUUCCCUGAGCGGGGGCUCCUGGGCGAGUCUGGGCCAGUCAAGCAGGGAAUGGUUUCUGCUUUGCACCUGCACUUUGAUAAAAUCAGACUCCUUAUGUUUGCUGGUUGUUAUGCUGUUUUCUUCCAUUCUUUCCUCCUCUGCGGAUGAGUGGAGAAGAGCGAGAGCUUACGGGUCUGUGGCCCAAGGAAAAUCCUGGCUGGGGAUGUGCUGUUGUUGCACCUUUUCCCCUGGAGCUUUGUGGUGAGAAAGUUUGCCUUAGCAGGAAGCAUUGCACUCUUUGGCUAUUUUCUCUCUGCCGGCUUAAGAGCAAACCCAUAUUAGGGUGCUUCCCAAGCCCUACUCAACCUAACUGGGAGAGACUUGGGUCCUGAGGGCUCUUCUCCACAUGUGGAUUCCUACCCAUCAAGCAUAAAUUAUCCAUUCUUUCUAAUGUUUGCAAAUUGCUUUAGGAAAACUACCGAUGAGGGAAACAGCUUCCCUUCAGUUGCACUGAAUAUAUAUUUGGCUCGGGUUUCUGGGAGCAGAGCCCCUAGGUUGAAAUAGUUUAGAAUUCUAAGAUGAUCAUUGAGGCCCCAUUACUUCCUCAGUUCAUCCGUAGGCACAGUAGAAAUGUGCACAUGAGAACAUCAUUUUCAUCAAAAGGUUUUUGAGAAGCAGAUUUCUCACCAAACAAGUUUGCAUUUGUCAUUGAUGUUACCUUUCUCUUAGAGCUUUCUGAAGAACUUCCUGGCCAGUUGGACUUGGCUGUUUGCAGGGGUUCUGGGAGACUGUGACCCUUUGGUGGUCCUGUAGGCAGAGCUGAGCUGCUUCUCUCCUGUGUCAGGGGUGUGGCAGGCACACAGUGGCUGGCCAGUGGGAAUUAGCAAGAGGCAAGGCCCUGGUCUUGCGUGUGGUUUCCCUGCCAGAAACUUUGUUUCAAGUGAGUCAGUCACAGGAUAAUUGGUUUUAUUGGUUUGUUACAGGGAAUCUGAAUGGAUUUGGGUAAAGGGAAAGCCUAAGCAGAACAGCUCACCUGAGGGAGACCCAGAGAAUGAGGCCACACAGAGAGAGAGAAUCAGUGCAUCGCAGGGAAGCUAUCAGAAGGCUCGGUUCAGAUUGUUGCAUGCAUUCUCACCUGCCUUCCAAUUGGGGGAGCUCAUUGUCUUGAGUUGACAUUUUUUUUCCAUUUCAUUUAAUGCCCUUCUUCCCUCAUUGAAUAGCUCAAGACCUUCUCCCUUGCAUAUUUUCACCUGCCCUUCAUCUCUGCUUCAACCAGUCAAUAUCUUUGUGUCAUCCUUCACUGUAGUAGACGGAAGAAAUGUUACUUCAUUCUAGAGCUAAGUCCCCUUGCCCCCAGUCUUGCUCCAGAUUCUUCUGUCUUUUCCCAGGCACUUUCUUUUUUUUAGUUAUCCUUCUCUCCAUUUCUUCUUCAGCAUUUUUAAUUUCUUUCCACACUUAGUUUUCCCUCUCUGCUCCCAAACAUACAGCAUGUCAUUCCUGUUUAUCUGCCUCUGUUCCUUCUGGUGAUCAUCCCCUUAUUCUCCUUGUCACUGCCCAGCUUCUCACGCAAGUGAUAUUUGAAAUUCUGUCCUUCCUCCCUUGGUUUUUGUAAUAUUGUAUUCUUUUCCUCCCUCUCCAGCUACUCGUCUUUAGUACCUCUUGUUUCUCUUCAUCCUGCCCCCUUACAACAGUGAAUACUCUUCAACACUUCAUCAUUCUGCUCUUUACUCAGGGAACUCAUUCACUGUGUGGCUUGGUGUCUUUAACCCUAGCCUCCCUCAUGAGGCCAAGUCUGGUGUCUAGAACUACUGGCUGAAUGUUUCUGCGUGGAUGUUUGGCUCUGUCACUUGGAACUCAGCGAGGCUAAAACCAGACCCUUCCCCAUCUUUCAGACUGUUUCUCACUCCUGACUUAACCUGUUUCUUAGGGUCACUUUUGUUUUCCCUGUUACGCAGGCCACAUUACUCCUCAGGCAGAAGAACUAUGUUGACUCUUCAUUUAACAUGUCUCUCUCUUCUGUCUUUGUUUUGUUUGUUUCAUUUCCACUGCCGUUAGCUUCAUCCAGAGCUCAUCAUCUCACACCUGAAUUAGUGUAGUAGCCUUCCAACUGAUCUCCUUUCCUUCAGUCUCUUUUCCUUCACCUUGCACAGGUGACAGCUUCAUUUUCCUGAAACAUUCCUUUCACCACAGUCUUCUGCUCAAAAAUCUCCCAUUGCUUCAGAAUAAAUCCAGGUUUUCUUGCAUGUUGUUCAAGACUCAGAACAACCUAGUACCGAUUUACAUAUCCAACCUUAACUCUUCUGUGCUCCAAGGUCUGAGCAAUCUCAUCACCAACCUGUGAAUUACCUACUUACCACUGAGUGUGCCAUUCCCCCCCAUUCUUACCCUAGAAUGGAACCAAUUGCUUCAGGGUACCUUCAGUCCCACCUCUUUCAACUUGCAGCCCACAUGCACCUUUUUCUCUGAAUUCCCCUACCACUUAUUAAUUUGAUCCUGCAUUCAGGAAUUUAAUCACUUGUGGCUUUGUUUCAGUAUUCAAACAUUUCAAAUGAGUGUGGUCUUGUCUUCUCAUUAUCUCCAUCUUGCUCAAUAAAUACUGGUGUUCCUCUAGCCAGCAUUUCUGUUUGACAAGUUGCCACCUAAGUGUGGGGUUAGACUGGUAUCUCAGCUAUUUAGAGUUUUUUGGCUUUGCCUAAAGGAGAAUAGAAGGCACAAGAGUUUGUGGCAUUGAGGAAUUUUAGCCUUAUAACGGAAGUGUGAUGUUGCAUUGUCAGACUGGUGUUUACAAUAAAAAUUGGAAAUUCUAAUUUCUCAAUUCUUUGAGUCAAGGAAAGAGCUGGGUUUUUAUUCUGAAAUAGAGCAAAGAGCUUAAGAUUGUUUCAUUCCCAAAACUCUCUCAAGGAGGACUGUUGGGCAGGUUGGUUGUUUGGGAAAUUUGGGGCCAGUUUCCUCAGAAAUUUUUCUCAUGUACUUUUCUUAGGGGAUCAGAAUCUGGCCUGAAAUUUGGGAAUGAAGGCUAAAUUUCAGGAAUAACUUUUCAAAAUGGCUGAGUAACCUCUUGCCCUGCCCCCCCCAUAGCCAAGCAUUUCUGUUCUUUUUCUAUGGUGAAUUUUUUUAGGUUAAUUUUUUAAAGGAAUUUGGUAAGAUUUGAUCUUCCUUAACAUCUCACAUUAUUUAACUGUGGAUUAUUUCUUUUUUCUCUGCCUCACUUCACUCCAGUUUUUUAAUCUUAACCUGUGUUUUUUGAAAAUCAUUUUGAAGCUAAAUCAGAGUUAGAAUCCUUUGUACAUGUGGUUUUGAAACAGUUGAGAACCUGGGAAGGGCCUGGAUAGUGCAUCAGACCCAGCUGCUGGGACACGUGGCCAGAGAGUCUGAGUUUGCUUCUGACAAGGCUUUUGCCAGUAAACCAUCUGGGUUUCGUUAUACUAUUUAGUGCGAUGGUCCAGUCUGCCUGCGGGUUUCUCUGCAUAUCAGGCGUGGAUUUGCUGAAUGACUAUCUGGAGGUUUAUCUGCACCUGCAGUUAGAAUUCAUGAGCUAAUUCGUGAGCUGCAAUUUUUUGUUUCCAGCUGCAUUGAGACCCAACUUCCUUUAAAGGACUUUCUCACUUGUUAAUGUGUGUUCCUGUGAUUUCCAAGUCUGCCUUGACUCUUCAUAUUAUUGCCCUUCUGGGUUGUCCAGCACAUUUCCUUUUUGGUAGAUUGAUGUGUAGUGUUCCAAACUUUCACUUUUUACCAAAUUACACCAAUAAAUCACCUGAUUUGUUAAAAGUUA